CUGUAGAGCUGUAGCGUUAGAGAGCUGUGCACCCGCCAUGCCGGAGCUGACUUCCAAAGGCACGACCAUUUCCAAGAAAGGCUUCAAGAAAGCUGUAACCAAAACCCAGAAGAAGGAAGGCAAGAAGCGCAAGCGAUGUCGCAAGGAGAGCUAUUCCAUUUAUAUCUACAAGGUGCUGAAGCAGGUGCACCCCGACACCGGCAUCUCGUCCAAGGCCAUGAGCAUCAUGAACUCUUUCGUCACUGACAUCUUCGAGCGCAUCGCGGGCGAGGCGUCGCGCCUGGCGCAUUACAACAAGCGCUCGACCAUCACGUCCCGGGAGAUCCAGACGGCCGUGCGCCUGCUGCUGCCCGGGGAGCUGGCCAAGCACGCCGUGUCCGAGGGCACCAAGGCCGUCACCAAGUACACCAGCUCCAAGUAGACUCGCCAAGUAAGCAUCCUCUUACUGAACCCCAAAGGCUCUUUUCAGAGCCGCUAAUCUCCUCUGAAUUAGGGGUGUGCACUCCACCUCGAUUGAGCAGUUAGAUUCUACACAACUGACUGGGAAACUAACUUAACUGAAUCGCUUCCCUUUUGACCGUGUUUUUCUACACGUUAUCACUUGUUCUGUUGUAGGGUUGAUCAUUAAAUGGUGUUUGUGUGCUCCUGGCUCCUCUGGCCUCUCAGAGGAGGCCAAGUAUUAAAGUUGAGUUUAACAACCUUAA